AUGGAUCCCACCUAUGUCCAAGGUCUCCAUGACCUCCUGCUUCAAGCAACAUCGCCCGACACGCUUCAGGUUAAAGGCGCAACCGCAAAACUUAACCUCGAGUACUACAAAAAUGCGACAUGUAUUCUCGGGUUAGCUCAGAUCAUCGCGACCUCAGCUGCCACAGACGGUGUUCGCCAACUGGCUGCCGUAGAGAUGCGAAAACGCGUCGCACAGAAUAGCGGAUCUCUGUGGACUCAGCUUGCUCAGAACGAUCGUGGGCAACUCAAGCAAAAACUUUUCGAAAUAGUCCUCGCUGACCCUAUUAACCUCGUUCGUCAUUCGGUGGCGCGUGUCAUUGCUGCCGUCGCCAACAUCGAGUUUCCCCUGGGUGCAUGGCCUGAAUUAUUACCUUUCCUUCAAACGACCUGCACCUCUUCUCAAUCCAUUCACCGCGAAGUCGGAAUAUUCAUCCUCUACACUGUGCUCGACAACAUCGUGGAAGGCUUCAAGGAGCACCUUGAUGGCUUGUUCACGCUUUUCACCGGCCUACUGAACGACCCUGAAAGCCUCGAGGUCCGCAUAACGACUGUUCGGGCUAUGAGUGUCAUUGCCGCCUACCUUGAUGCGGAAGACAAGGCAGAAGUGAAAGCUUUCCAAGCAUCGCUUCCCCUCAUCAUGCAAGUCAUUGGCCAGUGCGUCCAGAGCGGAAACGAACCUGGAGCGCGUCAACUGUUCGAUGUACUUGAAACCUUGCUUAUACUGGAAGUUCCUGUUCUUGGCAAGCAUAUUCCUGAACUGGCCGAAUUCUUGCUGCAACUCGGUGGCAACCGAACAUUCGAUCCCGAGCUUCGUGUCUUGUCGCUAAAUGCGCUGAACUGGACCAUCGUCUACAAGAAAUCCAAGAUUCAGUCUAACAAUCUUGCUGGGCCUAUCCUCCAUGGUCUCAUGCCAAUCACCGCCGAGGAAGAGCCUGAGGAUGUGGACGACGAUGCUCCUUCACGGUCUGCUCUUCGCAUCAUUGAUGGUUUGGCGACUGGGCUUCCCCCUUCGCAGGUUUUCCCUCCUCUGCGGAAUCUGAUCACAGAGUACUUCUCUUCAUCAGAUGCUAACAAUCGUCGUGGAGCUAUGCUGGCUUUGGGAAUCUGUGUUGAAGGUUGCAGCGAGUACAUGACGCCCCUGUUGGGUGCCAUCUGGCCUGUUAUCGAGGCCGGAAUCCAAGACAGUGAUGCCGGUGUCAGAAAAGCCUCUUGCGUUGCUGUUUGUUGUCUGUGUGAAUGGCUUUCCGACGAAUGCGUUGCGCGACAUGAAGUUCUUGUCCCAGGCAUCAUGAACCUUGUCAAUGACCCGGCCACCCAGCGUGCAGCUUGCACAGCGUUGGAUGCCUUGCUCGAAAUCCUCCAUGACCACAUCGGUCUUUACCUUACCGGGAUUAUGGAGCACCUUACUGGGCUGCUUGUCACCGCUCCCGUCUCUGUCAAAUCGGUGGUCAUAGGAGCUAUGGGGAGCGCUGCUCAUGCCGCGAAAGAAGCAUUCUUGCCAUAUUUCCAGCCUAUCAUGGAACGUCUUCAGCCCUUCCUUUCGCUGACCAAUGAAGGCGAGGAGGUCGAGCUGCGUGGUAUCACCGUUGAUGCGAUUGGGACAUUCGCGGAGGCAGUGGGCAAAGAUGUUUUCCGGCCCUUCUUCCCGGAAAUGAUGAAACAAGCCUUCCAAGGUCUUGAGAUAGGCAGUCCGCGUCUGCGCGAAUGUAGUUUCCUCUUCUUCGGUGUCAUGGCCAAAGUCUUCGAGGACGAGUUUGCUGUUUACCUGCAGGAAGUUGUUCCCGCGCUCCUUAAAAGCUGUGCACAGGUCGAACAAGGCGAAGAGUUCUCCGUUCUCGAAGCAACAAACGCAUUCGGUACUGGAAGUGAUCCCCAAAAUGCCAUCACAAUUGUUGACGAAAAGGUCGACGUCAAUGGUAACAACAUGGUGGAGAUCGAGGACAUCGAUGUGGAGAAAAUGAUGGACGCAAACAGCGCCAUCGCGGUCGAGAAAGAAAUCGCAGCCGACACAAUUGGCACCCUGUUUGCUGCCACCAAGUCCCAGUUCCUGCCUUUCGUCGAACAAUGCACUAUGCAACUGAUCGACCUACUCUCACACUACUAUGAAGGCAUUCGAAAAAGUGCGACCGACUCGCUGCUGGAGAUUAUACGCACUUUCUACGAGCUUAGCGGGGCUCCUGAAUGGCAAGCCGGUCUCAAUUAUGCACCGCUCCCAAGUACCGUCAAGGACCUGAAUGAGCAUGCUCUCAAAGCGCUCUUGGAGAUGUACGAGACGGAGGACAACAAAUCUGUCGUGACCACACUGUGCAACAGUCUCGCUGAAACCAUCACAAAAAUUGGGCCUGCGUUCGUUGAUGGCCAUUUGGACGAAAUCUCCAAGAUGGCCAUUGAAAUCCUUGACCAAAAGGCCGAAUGCCAGCAAGAUCCUGACCAGGAUGAGGAUGAAGAGGCUCCCGAGGAUCAAGCAGAGUACGAGACUGUUUUGAUCGCAUCUGCUGGUGAUGUUGUCUCCGCCAUCGCCAAUGCACUUGGUGCCGACUUCGCACCGGCCUUCAGCACCUUUUACCCGCUCAUUGCCAAAUACUAUAAAAAAAGUCGCUCUCUCAAUGAGCGGUCGUCGACGAUCGGAUGCCUUGCUGAGAUUAUCUCUGGAAUGAAAGGCGCCAUUACUCCCUCAACUGAGCCACUUCUCGAACUCUGCUUCAAGGCCCUUGGUGACCCUGAAGCUGAUGUUCUGAGUAAUGCUGCCUUCGCAGUUGGCUUGCUUGUGGAGAACUCAGAGAUGGACUUGACUCCCCAAUACCUCCCUCUCCUCGGAGCUCUUCGACCACUGUUCAAUGUCACGGCCGACUCCCCGUCCAACGCGCUCAACGCCAAAGACAACGCUGCUGGGGCUGUUUCUCGUAUGAUUGUAAGAAACGUGUCAGCAGUGCCCCUCGACCAAGUGCUGCCUGUGCUCGUUGGAGGUUUACCACUUCGCAAUGACCCACUCGAGAACCGACCGGUAUUCCGCGCCUUGUUCUACCUUUUCCGAACCAACGGCGCUGCUUUGCACCCAUUCAUCUCCAACCUCUUGCCCGUCUUUGCUCACGUGCUCGACCCCAGUGCGCCAGAUCAAGUUGGCGACGAGAUUCGAGCAGAGCUUAUCCAGUUAAUUGGCGCGCUGAAUGCGGAAGACCCCGGCGCCGUUCAGGCUGCGGGUCUGGGAGUGUUUGUGCCAGGAGCUUGA